GCCCCCUCCCCCGUAUUUCAAAAUUCGGCAGGGCGUCACGCUUCUAAAGAUACCUCAUACCCCACUUGCCAAAUCAUAAUCAGCCACGUGGCUUCGUCCUCGUGCGCCCUCCCCCUUUUCUUUCACUUACGUGGGAUUUCUCAAAGCCGUUCGUCGGAACCUUUCCUCAAUUGCACCGUCGUUUUCAUCACUCCUCCCUCUUAUUUGCAUCGUCGGAAUUCCCCCACCAUCGCCGCUCCCGCCACACCCAACCACCACCACCACCGCCUCGUCUGAUAUCUCCCUAGAUUUCCCCUUUUUCCAAAAUUAGCGAGGAAAUAAAAAUACUAGUAUUCUUUUUUUUAAGUUUUAUUUUCCUUUCUUUUACUUUUAUAAGUAAUACUAUUAAUAAAAAAAAUUGAUUAUUCCACUUUUCUCUGUCAAAAUACUCUCUCUAUUUUCUUCUUCUAUGUAGAAUUCAAUUUUCCUCUGUAACUCACUGGAUCCUGCUUGCUCUUGGCUCUUUCUCUCGCUCUCUCUUUUUUUGUUGUUUUCUUGUUUUUAUUGCCGCCUAUUUCUUUUCUAAUCUCUUCAUCGUAGUACCCAAAGUCAAAUUUCGCUUUUGCGAUUCUCGGUUUCACCGCAAUGUGGAAUUCGAAUUCUCGGCACUCUUCAAGAAAUGAGAAUUAGGAAUCAUCGAUUCGCCGAUUUCUCGAUUUCGACGAUGAGAGAUCAAAUGACAUAGGCGGCAGUGAUCUGGCGGAAGCAAAGAUUACGAUCUAAGCUUCCGAUUUUGGCAUAUUAAGUUGGAAAAUUCGGUUGUUGUUGGUGGAUUUUGAGAGGGCAGAAAUGUCGAAGGUAGUGUACGAAGGAUGGAUGGUGAGAUAUGGGAGAAGGAAGAUCGGGCGAUCCUUCAUACACAUGCGAUAUUUCGUGCUUGAAACUCGGGUUCUGGCUUACUACAAGAGAAAGCCACAAGAUAACCAGGUUCCAAUCAAGACCUUGUUGAUGGACGGAAAUUGUAGGGUGGAGGAUCGAGGCUUGAAGACUCACCAUGGACAUAUGGUUUAUGUUUUGUCUGUUUACAACAAGAAAGAGAAGUACCACAGAAUCACGAUGGCAGCAUUCAACAUUCAGGAAGCCCUAAUCUGGAAGGAAAAAAUUGAGUCUGUAAUUGAGCAUCAAGAGUCACAAAUUGCAAAUGGAAACAAAUAUGUUUCUUUUGAAUAUAAAUCUGGGAUGGAUAAUGGGAGGACUAAUUCUUCAUCGGACCAUGAAAGUCAGUUCAGUGCCCAGGAGGAUGAAGACGAUGCUCAUCCAAAUUUGCUUAGGAGAACAACAAUUGGAAAUGGUCUUCCAGAUUCAGUAUUAGACUGGACACGGGAAUUUGGCUCGGAAUUAUCAAAUCAAAAUGCCAACAACCAGGCAUUUUCUAGAAAGCAUUGGCGCCUCCUUCAGUGUCAAAAUGGCCUGCGCAUUUUUGAAGAGCUUCUUGAAGUUGAUUACCUUCCAAGGAGCUGUAGUAGGGCAAUGAAGGCUGUAGGUGUUGUGGAAGCUACUUGUGAAGAAAUAUUUGGUCUUGUAAUGAGCAUGGAUGGAACACGAUUUGAGUGGGAUUGUAGUUUUCAGUAUGGUAGUUUGGUUGAAGAGGUAGAUGGACAUACAGCCAUACUUUAUCACAGGCUUCAGUUGGACUGGUUCCCUAUGAUUGUUUGGCCCCGUGACCUUUGCUAUGUGCGUUAUUGGCGCCGAAAUGAUGAUGGAAGUUACGUUGUAUUAUUUCGUUCUAGGGAGCAUGAGAAUUGUGGCCCACAACCAGGAUAUGUACGGGCUCAUGUUGAGAGUGGAGGGUUCAACAUUUCCCCUCUGAAAUCUCGAAAUGGGAAGCCUAGAACACAGGUGCAGCACCUCAUGCAGAUUGAUUUGAAAGGAUGGGGUGUGGGUUAUAUUUCAUCGUUUCAGCAACACUGUCUUCUUCAGAUGUUAAAUAGUGUUGCUGGACUGCGUGAAUGGUUUGCUCAAACUGAUGAAAGGGGUGCUCCUCCUCGAAUCCCAGUUAUGGUCAAUAUGGCCUCAUCUUCAGUUUCUUCAAAGAAGACUCAAAAGAUAGAUGACUUAUCUGUUCAGUCUGCCCCUUCUCUUGAUCAAAUAAAUGCCGCAAGCAGAAACUCUGUGAUGAUAGAUGAAUACUCUGAUGAGGAUGAAGAACAAAUGCCUGAUGCAGAGCAAGAGGCAUAUGCAACAAAAAGUGACAAUGAUGUCAAGAGAACAGCCCUGGAAGAAGAGCCUAUUGAGAAAAUUGAUUUGUCAUGCUUUUCUGGUAAUCUACGACGUGAUGACCGUGAUAAUUCUCGUGACUGUUGGAGAAUAUCGGAUGGUAACAAUUUCAGAGUCCGUAGCAAGCAUUUUUGUUACGACAAAACAAAGAUUCCUGCAGGGAAGCAUUUAAUGGAUCUUGUUGCUGUUGAUUGGUUUAAAGACACAAAAAGAAUAGAUCAUGUUGCUAGGCGUCAAGGCUGUGCAGCUCAAGUUGCUUCAGAGAAGGGGCUUUUCUCUUUGGUCUUUAAUUUUCAAGUUCCUGGCUCAACACACUAUAGUAUGGUAUUCUAUUUUGUGACAAGGGAAUUAGUACCCGGAACCCUUUUGCAUCGGUUUGUUGAUGGUGAUGAUGAAUUCCGCAAUAGUAGGCUGAAGCUUAUUCCAUCAGUCCCAAAGGGCUCUUGGAUUGUGCGACAGAGUGUUGGGAGCACCCCUUGUUUGUUGGGAAAAGCAGUUGAUUGCAACUAUAUUCGUGGUGCCAAGUAUUUAGAAGUUGAUAUUGACAUAGGUUCUUCCACUGUUGCUAAUGGCGUUUUGGGUCUUGUCAUUGGUGUAAUUACAACGUUGGUGGUUGACAUGGCUUUCCUUGUGCAGGCAAAUACAACAGAUGAGCUGCCAGAGCGGCUAAUUGGUGCCGUCCGUGUUUCACAUAUAGAGCUAUCGUCUGCCAUAGUUCCAAAGCUGGACGCGGAUCCAUCCUGAUUUGUUUUGACCAACAGCUGAUCGUAUACGCAUCUCAUUUCUUCAGAUAUUCAUAUUUUCAUUCACCUUUUUAUCUGUCAUUUAACAUUCACAGAAAAAUAUGUCAUCCCUUUUUCCAAAUGGAAAUUUCAGCAAAAGUAGUGAAAAGGAAAAAAAUGAAAAAUUUUAAUGCGCCAA